UUUUGUAUCAAACACGAGGCGAUAUGGAAAUGGCUUCCAGGUUUAAAGAUUCCUCGGGAGAGGAUAUUUACCAUUUUUUCUUCGUCUCGAGUUUUUCUGAAUACACUGUAGUUGACAUCGCACAUCUCGUCAAAAUCUCCCCUGAAAUCCCCGUUGAUAAAGCGGCCUUGCUCAGCUGCUGCGUCUCCACUGGAGUUGGAGCUGCAUGGAAGGUGGCUAACGUGGAGGAAGGUUCCACAGUCGCUAUCUUCGGCCUUGGGGCUGUUGGACUUGCGGUUGCAGAAGGGGCCAGGCUACGUGGGGCUGCAAAGAUCAUCGGUGUAGAUCUCAAUCCAGAAAAAUUUGAAAUAGGUAAACGAUUUGGUAUCACGGACUUCGUCAACCCUGCUUUAUCUGAAGAGAAAAAGAUUAGCCAAGUUAUUAAAGAAAUGACCGAAGGAGGAGUUGACUAUAGUUUUGAAUGCAUUGGUUUAACUUCCUUGAUGGAAGAGGCUUUCAAUAGCACACGCACGGGAUCGGGUAAAACGGUAAUUUUAGGAAUGGAAAAACAUAUGUUGCCAAUAAGCUUGGGUAGUCAUGAUCUUCUCAGAGGCAGAACUGUAUGCGGAACUUUAUUUGGUGGGCUGAAACCUAAACUUGAUAUUCCAAUUCUCGUGGAUAGUUAUUUGAAAAAGGAACUUAAUCUGGACGGUUUUGUUACACACGAGUUAAGCUUUGAGGAAAUUAACAAGGCUUUGGACUUAUUGGUGAAGGGAGAGACUAUCCGUUGUGUCCUAUGGAUGGAUAAGUAAUUGGUUUCCAAUCAUAAUUUGAGCUGAUUGUUGUUGGGAACAAAAAAAACUGUAUUCAAAAUUUAUCAAAUGUUAUUUCCUUUGUUGUGAAUUUGCUGCUUGUAUUGCUUUAAAUAUUUGGUAGAAGAGAAACACAAUUUAUAUCUUCUUUAAAGGUUUAA